AUGUCAUACGAGAUGUCAGCCAAAGGCCCGACGCGAGUUGGAGGCAGACCGUUCAACCACGAUCAAUCGCAAGCCGCAGAGCAAGAAUACGACCGCCUCCGAGAUCUCGCGCGCCAGGAAGCCGGCAAACGCUCCUCUGCGCUCUCCAAGUCACAACAAGCAUACCAGAAGGGCGAUGGUGCAGCAGCGAAGGCGCUCUCCGAGGAAGGCAAAGCGCACGGCCUGAAGAUGGAACAGUUCAACCGACAAGCGUCCGAGUUCAUUUUCCGGGAGAACAAUGCCGAGGGGAGGGCCCCGGCCGACACGAUCGACCUACACGGACAGUUUGUGGAAGAGGCGGAGGACAUCUUAGAGGAGCGCAUUCGGUACGCGCAGUCGCACGGCCAGACUCACUUGCAUGUUAUUGUCGGCAAGGGGAACCACAGUACCGGCCACGUGCAGAAGAUCAAGCCGCGGGUGGAGCAAGUCUGUCGUGAGUUGAACCUGCAGUAUCAUACGGAGGAGAACGAAGGGCGCAUUUACGUCAAUCUGAGCGGUGGGAAUGUCAAUAUGCAGGAUGUCAAUAGCUGGGGUGGCUAUCAGCAAGGAUAUGGUCAACAGCAGCAGCACCACCACCACCAGCAACAGCAACAGCAACAGCAACAGUAUCAACAGCAAGGAGGUCAGCAACACCAUCAACAGAACCAAGGCGGACAGAACGACGAGGUCGAGAAGAUGGUCAAGAGAUUCCUCCCUCGGAUCCUCAAGAAAUUGCUCGGCAUGUUUUGCGGUCGGUAA